CUGGCUCCGGGCCCGCCGGCGCUGCGGCUUUUCCCGGGAGGUUGUGUCCCCGCAGAGGAGUUCAUCCACGUGGACGAGUUACAUUUUGACCUGGAAAGUCUUGUGAUGGAGCGAGGGGCAGGCAGGUUUGGGUGAAGAAGAAAUAAAUAUUUGCGGGAUGAAGAUUUUCCAGAAAGGACUUGGAUUUAAAGAAGGCUUUUUAUAUUUGGCAAGUGUUGUCAUCUGUAAUGAAGAUCAUUGUGAGACAGAAGAUUGAAUAAAUACUUAUAACAUUGGCCCAGGAUUAGAGAUUUAGAAAAGAAAGUUAAAAUUAGUGACUUUGGUUUUAGUGUUCCAAUUUCAUAAUAUUUAUUCUUUCUUCUAAAUAGAUUUAGGAGGUAGAAAUUAAAAUUCAGUGCUGUACCAAAGGCUGCACUAAUAUUGGUUCUGGUACUUUUUUUUUUCUUUUUGUAUGAGAGAAGAAAGUGGAUAACCAAGGGCCGUAGUGACUCAUGAUGAAAUAUACUAAAUUGAAUUUUAUGAUGUCAGCUCUUGGCGUUAUAAUCUAUAUAACUGAUUUAAUUGUGGACAUUUGGGUAUCCGUCAGGUUUUUCUAUGAAGGGCAGUACGUAUUUGGUGUUUUAACAGUGAGCUUUAUGCUCUUUGGAACAAUUGUGGUCCAGUGUUUUAGUUACUCUUGGUUCAAGGCCGAUUUAAAGAAGGCAGGUCAAGAAAGUCCGCGUUGUUUUCUUCUACUUCAUUGCUUGCAAGGAGGAGUUUUUACGAGGUAUUGGUUUGUUUUGAAAAAGGGCUAUCAUUUGGCUUUCAAAGAUGGCAGCCAAACUGAUAACUUCAUGGAAGAGCAGAUUGAUCCACAUAAAGAAGUUCUAGAUAGAGUGACUGAUCUGAGCAUGCUCAGGCUAUUUGAGACCUACCUGGAAGGCUGCCCACAACUUGUUCUUCAGCUCUACACCUUUCUGGGAUAUGGUCAAGCAAAUUUCAGUCAGUAUGCAGCCAUCGUGGUCUCUUGCUGUGCUAUUUCUUGGUCGACUGUUGAUUACCAAGUAGCUUUAAGAAAAUCCUUGCCUGAUAAAAAUCUCCUCAAUGGAUUCUGGCCCAAACUUGCAUAUCUCUUUUACAAGUUGUUUACAUUAUUAUCUUGGAUGCUGAGCGUUGUACUUCUUUUAUUCUUAAAUGUUAAGAUUGCUUUAUUUCUGUUAUUAUUCCUUUGGGUUUUGGGUAUAUUGUGGGCAUUUAAAAAGCAAACUCAGUUUUGUGCUUCCAUGGGUAUGGAAUUCUUAUACAGGAUUGUUGUUGGGUUCAUCCUUGUCUUUACAUUUUUUAAUGUUAAGGGACAGAAUACCAAAUUUCCCAUGUCUUGUUAUUAUAUUGUAAGGGUACUGGCCACAUUGGGGAUAUUGAUUGUGUUCUGGGUUUGCCCACUUUCCGUUUUUAAUUCAGACUAUUUUGUACCUCUCACUGUCAGUAUAGCUCUUACUCUUCUCCUUGGAAUUAUUUUUCUUAUUGUUUAUUAUGGGACUUUGCACCCAAACAGAAGUGAAGAAACAAAACCAGAUGAAGUUGAUGGAAAAUCAGUUCAAAGAGACUGUAGAAUGAAGUAUUUCCUAAUGGAAUAAGCUAUUUGCUUAUAUGUUUCCUUUUUUUAUUUCAUUGGU